CGUCCUUUUAAAUUGUAAAUGUGCAUGUUUUGUUUUUGUUUUGAGGAAGACACAUCAAUUACGAUUUUUCUUUUUAAUUUUGUCUCACAUUCACCAAAGUACUUAUUUUUGCUAUGGGGAUUCCAAAGUCACACUAAUAUGGUUAAUUUAUUGACGAACCCUAAGAGAAACCAAGACGCACCCACCUGUAGUUAAGCUAACUAUCAAAAUCGAAUAAAACGAGUAAGAAAAGUGGAAGGAGAACAUGGAUGUGUUGGAUGAAAAUAUGACAGCAAAGGAGGUGCCUGAUAAAAUAGCUGAGCUUGACAAAAGUCGUAGUCAGCUGCACCUUCAAAACACUGAGAUGAAGAAUUUACUCGGUGCAGCAAAUGAUGAGAUGACCGCGCUGCGAUCAGAAAACGAUGCAUUUAGAAAACGAGUGGACGCGCUGGAACAGACCCUUAAUAGCCAGCGUCUGGAAGCACAACUUGUCAAGUUACCCAUGGUUAAUGGCUUCGAUGUAAGACAGUCUACUAGAGUUGAGCAACAAGAACUACAGGAGGACGAAUCCAAUUUGAUAAAGGAAGAAAAUGCGAAAUUAACUGCAAAAGUUCGGAGACUUCAGGUGCAAAGAGAACAAGACAAGAAGAGCCUGAGCGAGUUUAGUGUUGCACUUCAAAACAUUGAGAGGGAGGCUUUGCAGCAAAAAGAUGAAUUUAUUGAACAGAAUAAAUUGCAAUUAAAGCAAGCAGAGGAAACUGUAGAGGAGUAUUCCAACAUCAUCAAGGAUCUCAGGGAGACAAACCAGCUGCUGAGGAGUCAGUUAGAGGACCGAGAAGAUGAGGCUUUGCUAGCUACUUACAGUGAUUCAGUUGGAGAAAAUGAAGCAUCGCAUCAUCCUGUGAUGACCUUCGCAGAGGAAAUUAUGCUUCUUGUUGCCCCAGUCGAAAUGAAAAGCAUAACAGCACCAUCCAUGGAUUCAGUUCAAGAGGACACUAAAGCCGAGGAACUGACCAGUCCUCCAGCCAACCAGCCAACAAACAGGUGCACAGAAGCAAACGAAUUCUCCACCCGGAAAAUGUAUGUGGUCUGCAUGGUCAUUAUCACCAUUUUGCUCAUUCUGGCUACAGCAGCACAUGCAAGAAAUUUAGACUUUCUUCCAUUACACAGCCUUUGGAGGAGUCUGUGCCGGAUGUUACAACCCUACUUUAGUGUGCACUAUGGAGCCUUACCUCCUAUCUGAUAUUUUUUCCAUUUACUUUGGAUGCAUGUCUUAAUUUUAGCACAUGCAUUCUGUGUUGUUUUUUCUGGGGUUGAAAAAUCCUGCCUGAAACCCAUUUUGCACAUUUAGUUUUUUGUUUUUAUCUGAAAGUAAAAUGGUGUCAGAUUUAUCAAAUGUAAGCAAAGCUUGGACAUUUUUCACCAAUAAGAUUACUUCUUGGUUCAUUAAAUUGAAACAAAUCUAAUUUCAAUACUCUUGAUUUCUUUCUUUUUUUUUUUUUUUUUGCAUUCUGUAACUAAUUGCCACCAGAAUGCACUUUAGUGACGUCACAGACAUCAUGUACACCAAAACAUCGCAUGAAAGGUAUGUUGGAAAUGCAUGCGUACCGCUUGGCCCCACCCUUCAGAAACUUGGAGCGUUGUUGAAGGAUAUCAAUCAUAAGCAUCUAAUUAAACAAUUACUUAAAAAUAACUUUGCAGAAAUCCUUAGUGAUAUUUUUUACCCAACUCUAUCUAUUCAGUUUCACAUUAAUUUUCAAUCUCCUCUCAUAUA